AACACAAUGACUUGGAUCAAACUGCUUAAAUGGGAAGAAGGGUAUUUCUGCUGCAUGGAGGAAAACAGUUAAACUCCGCCUAAACUAGCUCUCUCUUUUUAAUGCGUCCCUGCGCACGGCCGACCUCCUCCUUCAGUGACCAGAGAUGAUUUUGACAAUCCAGGAUAUUCCGAAAGCUUGGAGACAUAUGGCUGGAAAAUGAAAGGAACCCUGGAGUGUGGCCACAUCAUUAUUUUGGGUCGCAUGGCACCAGAUGGGCAGUCAAUGGAUGGCGCAGGGAUUCGAAGGGACAGUUUAUGAAAUGACUUUCUCCACCUACAUCUAGAACAGACUUUUAUUUCCCUCUUUUCUUUCAAUCUGGAAUCACUGCUUCCCCCACAUCUCCUCUGCAGUAUCAAUUAACUUUGCAGUGGGGUGGCUAAAAAGGAAGAGGAUAAAACGGUCUCUAUAAUCUUAGUAAGUGUCCGCGGAGUCACAGUCCCCAGAUCGCAGUGCCCAGGGAACUGCAGCUGCGACCUGCAGCAUCGGGUGCAGGUUCAGGGCUGACACCGCGCAGGCGGUCAUGGAGCGGACUGUGCACUCGAAGCGCCGCGGGGGAUAGAGUCAGACCCGGGUGCGGGAGGGGUCUGCUGAGCUCGCCACAGCCUCGGAGGCCGCUGCUGCCUAACGUCUACUGUGCUUUACCAUCAUCGGCGUUCUUUAAAAAGUCAUGGAAGACAGCCAGCUGCCAGACCUCAGAGACAUCGAGCUAAAGCUGGGGCGCAAAGUACCAGACAGCCUAGUGCGCUCGCUCCGCGGGGAGGAGCCGGUUCCUCUGGAAAGGGACAGGGACCGCUGCGGGGGCAGCAGCAGCAGCAGUGGCGGCUGCAGUAGUAGCAGUAGCAGCUGCAGUUUGCCUCCCUACGUGUCCUGCUCCUCUUCGUCCUCUCCAACCUCUGGCUCCCCGCGACCGAGCCACUCCAGCACCCUGGAGAGGCUGGAAACCAAGCUUCAACUCCUCAGGCAAGAGAUGGUUAACCUCAGAGCCACAGAUGUCAGACUCAUGCGACAGUUACUCGUCAUCAAUGAGAGCAUUGAAUCCAUCAAGUGGAUGAUUGAAGAGAAAGCCACCAUUACCAGCCGAGGCAGCAGUCUCAGCGGCAGCCUUUGCAGUUUGCUAGAGAGUCAGAGCACCUCCUUACAGGGCAGCUACAACAGCCUACACGAUGGCAGUGAUGGACUCGAUGGCAUCUCAGUGGGGAGCUACCUGGACACUUUGGUGGAUGAUGUCCCAGGCCAUCAGACCCCAUCAGACUUGGACCAGUUCAGUGACAGCUCCAUAAUAGAGGACUCGCAGGCACUGCACAAGCAUCCCAAAUUGAAUUCUGAAUACUACUGCUUUGGCUGAUGACCCAGUUUUAUGCAUGGGAUCGGUGUGCAAUUAACUUGUAUUUAUCUUUCUUCUGCGCUGCUAUAUUUUUGGUGUGAUUUUUUUUAUAUGACAACCUUCUAAAAAGAAGCUUAUUUUGAAACUGCUUGGUGGUAUUUCUGUUGCUUCUAAUGUUUCUCAUCUGGACUGACUUAUUUUUCUCUCUUACAUCUCUAUUUUUAUUUAUUACAAUGAUUUUUCUCCCUUCUUUUACAAUUGCACAAAUAAAGUAGGGGGGAAAGAAUAAGCAAUAAUUAUGGUUUUGUUUUCAGAGCAAGGGGGCAGGGAUUAUAAGAUAAACUUUGCUAAAUUUUACAAUAAACCAAAGUCUGA